AGCCGUAUGCAACGUUGCGCGGGCGCCGCGUGCCACACGACUCGCUUCGUUUUGUUCCACUCGGUUCUAGUCCGCCUCGCCGGUCACGCGUGUAUUUCUUCCUGACUUUCGGAUAUUUCUCAGCACGUGGUUCUAUUAUCAAUAAGUCGAACCGACCUUCUUAGAACACGAUAAUGGGCCGAUAACGGCUAAUUGCUCCUAUUUGUUAUCGUGUAACAGAUCGCGAGUGCAGUGUCAAUCAAGGGUGUGAUGGCCGAAAAUCGUGCGCUUAUACCCGAGCCUGUCACCAUGUACACCCAGACGGAAGCAUUGAAGGAUGUGAAGGACUUAUCAAAGAACUUAAUGAGUGAAGAUUACGAGCGACAAUAUGCGGGUACAGAAAGGGGUAACCGAAGGCGGCACGGGUGCAUCGUCUUCGGGGUGACCGUAGGGGCUUUGGCGGUUUGGUUACUGGCCCUUACAAUUGUUCGGGAGAUACAACUUACUCGUCUCCGAGAAGAGGUUGAUGAGCUCACCGCUAAUAUGAUAGCGAUGUCGGCAAACGUGAUGUCCUUAAACCAGAAACUCGAAAACAACAGGUUAUUUAACGAAUUCAAAGCUCUGGAAGACACGAUUUAUGCUGACGAUGACCAAGACAGCAAUCUCGUUGAGAGCUCUAAAGACGCAAACAAGGAUAAACAGAGCUUUGAGUCUCUCGAAAAAUUACACGGCUUAACAGUUUUAGAAGAUGAUACCCAGCUUGCUGAUGAUGAGGAUAUAUACGAUGACGAUGAAGACGCGGAGAGUGGUGACUGGUAUCCAGAUUAUGAUCGGCGGAGGGAAAAAAUUGGCACAACCAAUAUGGUACGUCUAAAGCCCGAGGACUUUACGGAUUCAGUUGCGAUGGUCAAACAAGGUCAAGCAUCCAACAUUAAAGAAAUUAAACGUUUACUGAAUGAGAACCCGGAGAUACCUGAGAGUGCUUUGCCGUCGCUAUUUCCGACCACAGAAGCAAACCACAGCACUCGUGACAAACGCAGUGUCUUCCCUGACAGCAGUUCUGAGAAAAUUGCUGGCUUCUCGGCACCAAAGGCUAUUUCCAAAACGGAAGAAAGGCGUAAAACGAAGAAAUUCAUCCCAAGCGAUCCUCUUGGCAAGUUGUCUCUGCACACCGUAUCCAGAACUGUCAGGAACAGUAAUGAUGAGGAGGGUCAGCGAAGACCCUUCAUAGCUGCUCACUUCCACGGUAACACGUCACAUCUCAGUACCGAGAUUCACGAACAUUACAAAGGAAACGGUCUGGUCCGCGUGGCUCACGGCGCGCCACACGACGUGUGGUACCCCGCGCCCUGGACCGUCGCGUCACCUCACCCGCGUCCCACUCUCACUCGGAACGGGCACAUCCACGUGCACCACACCGGUGUCUACUUCGUUUACGUGCAGAUUUAUUAUUUGGAUAGCCACGAUAUAAUCUCGUGGGUGUUACAUCGCACAAACGCAUACAUGGAUGAAAGGGAAACUAUUCUUCAAUGCGCUCAGUCCACGCACUCCACUGAGCGUUUAGAUAAACCGAACUCCUGCUUUUCUGCUGCGGCUCUAUUCUUGAAAGCCGGAGACAGACUCGCGGUGAGAAACACCGGUGGAGAUAGACACUCAUUGAUGCAGCCAGAGAAGAGCUUCAUAGGUCUCGUUAAGCUGGCCGACGCUGAGGACCCGGUCGAGGAAUUCUAGUUGAGAAAACAACGUAUUAUUGACGGUGUUUUCCAUGCGUUAUUCGAUAUUUCGAAUCAAAUAAAUUUAAGGAUAAUUGGGUAUCCGUAUUAAUAUAUCUUAUUUAUCUACUCUUUAUGGUAAAUCAGAACAAUAACCGUUACCGUUACUGGACUCGUUUGGUAUCGAGAUUGUUAGUUAUAUUUAUGUUGAAUUAUUUCAAAUGAAAGCAUAUUCUUGCCCAGACUUACUACAUAUAUAGUGAUAUUUAUUUAGUAGUCAAACAAGUGCCAUUGUGGGAAAUCGAUCAUUUAAAUUAAGUUUUACGUUUAAGUUUGAUAUAUAUUUCUAUCUUCUUUUAUCGUCAAAUUUAUAAUAAUAACGAUUUUUGUUAAAAUUUUAUUUACAUUUGCGUGUACUUACUUAGACAACUAAGUAAUUUAUAUUUAUAUUAUUUUUCGAAACUAUUUACCUGAAAAAAAAACGUUUUAAAAUCAAAUUGUUACCUUUUGGGCUGAUUUAAAUAAUAAUUUAAUCUUUUUUAUUUAAAUAUUGAUGGUAAAAAAAUCAUACUGUCUAUGUGUACGCAUCAAGGUGCGUAAACGGAUUCUUAGGGUUUAAGUUAUAUAUAAAAACUAACGAAAUGUUUACGAAAGAUCUGUUAUGCCAUUGAUAUUUUAAGUUAAAUAAUUUAUUCGUACCUACAUUUAGAAUUUACUUUUUUAUGCGAUUAU